CGGGCAAUUUCUACAACCGGCAGCCCAUCACCCACUCUUUCGUGUUUUUGCAAAAUCCCUUCCUGUACUAACUUCCUCACAGCUGUUUUUAUUUCCUGUGGUGGAAUUUUGUUUUUUCCAUUCUUCCUAGGGAAGAGAAAUCAGUACCAUAUCUUCUCCAGAAGGGAGGCGAUUGGUAUCUCUCUGACGUGGUGUUGGAAGAUCUACUUUGAUCCAAACCGGUGUUGUCUGUGUUGGGUGAAUUCCAGCCCGGAUCAAGCAACUGAUCACAAGAUGUUUUUGCGGGUUGUGUGCUGUGUUGUGGUCGUGUGGCUGGUUCCUGCCUCAUACGAGAGCUGUCCCGAACUUCCCCCGGUGGAAAAUAGCAUAUUUGUUGCAAUGAAGGAGGAAGGACAAAUUCUGGGGAUAUAUGUUUGUAUUGAGGGCUACCACCUGGUGGGAGAGAAAAGCUUUACUUGCAAUGCCUCUGGGGAGUGGAAUACUACCACUCCCACAUGCCAGUUGGGCCACUGUCCUGACCCUGUGCUGGUGAAUGGUGAACCCAGUUCCUUGGGUCCUGUGAAUGUGAGUGAAAAAAUCACUUUUACGUGCAAUGAGAACUAUAUCCUUAAGGGCAGCAACUGGAGUCAGUGCAUGGACAACCACACAUGGAUGCCUCCCUUGCCCAUCUGCAAAAGCAGAGACUGUGGCCCUCCUGGGAAUCCAGCUCAUGGCUAUUUUGAGGGAAGAGAUUUCAACUUAGGUUCGAACAUUACUUAUCACUGUGAAGAGGGGUACCACUUAGUGGGCACGCGGGACCAACGGUGCAUUGAUGGAGAGUGGAGCAGUGAACUUCCAUUCUGUGAGUUUAUCCAAGGAACUCCAAAACCAACUCCACAGACUGCGAUUGAGAAGGUGCUUUUUGCCUUUCAGGAGGAUAAAGAACUUUGCAAAGCCAUACAGACCUUUAUGCAAAGACUGAAGGAAAAUGGCUUAACAAUGGAGGACCUAAAAUACUCUCUGGAAAUAAAGAAGGCUGAGUUGCAGGCAAGACACAGUGCCAUGAUGUUAUAGCUGAGCAGACUGGGUAAUAGAAAAUCAUCUGUGAAUAAAUUUUCCUCUUGGUUCUGAAA